AUGUCUCCAAUCAUCCUGAUGCCCGUCAAAGUGCCCGUCAAAGUGCCCGUCAAAGUGCCCGUCAAAGUGCCCGUCAAAGUGCCCGUCAAAGUGCCCGUCAAAGUGCCCGUCAAAGUGCCCGUCAAAGUGCCCGUCAAAGUGCCCGUCAAAGUGCCCGUCAAAGUGCCCGUCAAAGUGCCCGUCAAAGUGCCCGUCAAAGUGCCCGUCAAAGUGCCCGUCAAAGUGCCCGUCAAAGUGCCCGUCAAAGUGCCCGUCAAAGUGCCCGUCAAAGUGCCCGUCAAAGUGCCCGUCAAAGUGCCCGUCAAAGUGCCCGUCAAAGUGCCCGUCAAAGUGCCCGUCAAAGUGCCCGUCAAAGUGCCCGUCAAAGUGCCCGUCAAAGUGCCCGUCAAAGUGCCCGUCAAAGUGCCCGUCAAAGUGCCCGUCAAAGUGCCCGUCAAAGUGCCCGUCAAAGUGCCCGUCAAAGUGCCCGUCAAAGUGCCCGUCAAAGUGCCCGUCAAAGUGCCCGUCAAAGUGCCCGUCAAAGUGCCCGUCAAAGUGCCCGUCAAAGUGCCCGUCAAAGUGCCCGUCAAAGUGCCCGUCAAAGUGCCCGUCAAAGUGCCCGUCAAAGUGCCCGUCAAAGUGCCCGUCAAAGUGCCCGUCAAAGUGCCCGUCAAAGUGCCCGUCAAAGUGCCCGUCAAAGUGCCCGUCAAAGUGCCCGUCAAAGUGCCCGUCAAAGUGCCCGUCAAAGUGCCCGUCAAAGUGCCCGUCAAAGUGCCCAUCAAAGUGCCCAUCAAAGUGCCCAUCAAAACCUGCCUAUUACCUGAACUACGUCGCCCCACCUACCGGUAG